AUCGAUUACAGAGAACGACGAUCAGACACAAGGGAAAACCCCGAAGAAGCUCGAAACCGGGAAACAAAGCAUUACCCUUUCCUAAAAACCCUAUCUAUACCUAUCACAGCCAUGCCCGCCGUCCGACCUAAUACCGUCGUGCGGGCCACCCGCGCCCUGCAACACUCGCAACCCGCCGCCGCCAUUACCACCAGAUCCUUCUCGGCGACGGCGCGAGCGCCCUCCUCCCACGGCCCCCAGUACGACCCCCCGACCGGCUGGCUGUGGGGUCUCAAGCCCGGCGAGAAGUACCAGCGCGAGGGCUGGGAGAUCCCCUUCUUCUACGGCUUCUGCGGAAGCAUCGCCAUCUUCGCCGUUGCCUACGGCUUCAAGCCUGACACUUCGAUACAAACAUGGGCCUUGGAAGAAGCACGACGAAGAUUAGAAGCCGAGGGCAUCCUCGAGGACCCCGAGAAGAAGUGAAAGUUCGUUGGUACAUACAUACAUAAUAUGGACCACGCCGCAGCAGCAUAGAACUGUCUUUUUUCCUUUUUUUUUAUUUCACCUAUCUAGUAUGUUGAAACUGGCUGGGAGAAGGAAGGGGCCGGGAGAGAGAAGGGGGGGGGGGG